AUGUGGCUCUGGAAUGCUUGCUGGGCUUCCAGGCUGCUGCUGCUGCUGUCCGCGGCCAGUGGUCUGGCGUCUGGCCUGUCACAGUUCCAGCGCCUCGAGUUGAAUAAAAACCCCUGCCCGGGCGCCUGCGACCCCAGCGGGAAUACCACAAAGUGGUUCACGUACCACAGCGUGGACGAGUUCGCCGCGUGCAACGAGCCAAUCUUGCUCAACCUUAACCUCUACACGCCUGUCGACGACGAUUCAACACACACCAUAAUCCGCGCCUGCACCCUUGGCAACGCGCAUAGCAAAGUCAACUUUCUUGCCGCUUCCGGCUACGUAGCCCCUGAUGCCUUGGGCGCAACAAACUUUGGCCCGUCGUCUCCUCAGCGGCGGGAUGACUCUGGCUCUGCUGCAAGUCUAGCCUAUGGCGGAAGGCCGGCCGCCAAGUCCAAUGCCACGGCCUACCUGACAAAGUGGAAGACCAGCGAUCCCCUCAGCAGCAAGGCCACCGAAGACGUUAUCCUCGCCGCACAGGCUCUCCAACGGAACCUCAAGCAAGAGACCGCGAUCCACGGAAAGAAGAAGAUUAUCUUCACCUAUCUCCACGGCACGCUCAUCGGUCUUUAUUCCGGGUCACAGGUCGAUUUGAUGCAGACCUCUGCGUCCAUGCUGGACCAGUUUAUCACGGCUCUUGAGGGUCAAGACUCGAACUCGGCCCCCUCUAGAAAGACUCUCGAGAUCUGCGGGGGGCACUGCACGGCAAGCCACAUCUUUGGUGUCGUUGCGGACGCAGGAGGUGAUUUUCGCGCCGUCCAGAGCAUUGUAAAAUCAUGGAACGACGGCGAGCUUCUGUCCGCUAAGUCCGAGGUGGAAACCGAGUCCGUUGCCAAGUCUUCCCUCUGGACGUUCGCUAGCAACAAUGCCACACAGCAUCAGCAUCGACGACGCAGUCAUGUGCGCCACCUAAAUCCAAGAGCCGAGUGUCGCAGCAUCAGAGUCGAGGGCAAAGACACGUGUACCUCGCUGGCAACUCGCUGCGGCAUUGGAGGCACGGCGUUCGAGAACUUCAACAAGGGCACGCUAAACUGUCGCUCCCCACUCCAGCCCGGCCAGCCCGUAUGCUGCUCGUCCGGUACGCUGCCGGACGUCAUGCCAGAUCCAAAUCCAGAUGGGUCCUGUGCGUUCCAUGAGGUCCAAGAGGACGAAUACUGCCAGUCGAUCGCCGCAAGCUACGGGUUGACGACUGAUGAUCUGUUCGACCUUAACAAGAAGACGUGGGCCUGGGAUGGCUGCGGCAACCUCCUGUUGGGUCUGCGGAUUUGUGUCAGUGAAGGGUUUCCUCCCCUACCCGCAUCCGUGUGGAACGCUGAGUGCGGCCCAACGGUGCCGGACACGAAGCCUCCAAAGGAGGGCGAGGAGCUCGCCGAGAUGAACCCCUGCCCGCUGGAUGUCUGCUGCAACAUAUGGGGCAUGUGCGGAACCACGGUCGACUUUUGCAUACCGUCCAACUCCACGACUGGAAACCCCGGCACAUCGGCGCCCAAGGAAAACGGAUGCAUCGCCAACUGCGGAAUGGAGAUGGUGAACGAUAACAAACCGCCCGAGUUAUAUAAGAAGAUCGGCUAUUUUGAGGGCUGGAACUACAACCGCCCGUGCCUCACCAUGCAUGUCGACGACAUCGAUGACGGCUACACGCACAUUCACUUUGCAUUUGGCGAGUUCUCCUCCGACAUGGAGGUGCUCAUCAAAGAAGACGUUCAAGAGCAGUGGAAGGCUUUUAUAAAAGCCGACAGGGACUACAAGAAGGUUCUGUCAUUUGGCGGGUGGGAAUUCUCCAAUGCCCCCGCCACGUCGGGUCUCUUCCGCCUGGCGGUAUCGCCGGACCGUAGGGAUACGUUUGCUGAGAAUGUCGUCAAGUUUGCUGCCGACAAUGGCCUGGAUGGCCUUGACUUUGACUGGGAGUAUCCUGGCGCAACUGACAUUGAGGGAUCGGAUCCUGGAAGUGAGGACGAUGGCGAGAAUUACCUCGAAUUCCUGAAGCUCGUACGUGAGAAGCUGCCCAAAGGCAAGUCGCUUUCGGUUGCCACUGCGGCCUCCUUUUGGUAUCUCAAGGGCUUUCCGGUCAAGGAAAUGGCACCGGUCCUGGACUACUUUAUCCACAUGACGUAUGACUUUCAUGGUCAAUGGGAUGUGGCCAGGGAAUGGUCUAUGGACGGAUGCCCAGCAGGGAACUGUCUACGGUCCCAUGUGAACUCAACGCAGACGCACGAGUCCCUAGUCAUGAUGACAAAGGCCGGCGUCCCAUCGCACAAGAUUGUUGUGGGCGUGACCAGCUACGGGAGAUCGUUCAAGAUGUCUGAUCCGACUUGCCGCGGCCCAAUGUGCACGUUUGUCGGCGAGAGAAAUGAUUCGCCUGCAAAGCCGGGCAGAUGCACGGAUACUGGCGGCUACAUCUCCAACUUCGAGAUCCUCGAAAUUAUCGAUAAAGGUGGUGCCAUCAAAAGCUGGUAUGACGAGGCAACUGAUUCAGAUUAUCUGGUCUUUAAUUCUGUCGAGUGGGUGGCGUAUAUGACCGACAAGACCAAAGACCGCCGGCGCAGCCAGUAUAAGGGCCUCAACUGUGGCGGUACAACUGACUGGGCUAUUGAUCUCCAGGGAGAAGGAAGACGUGCUAACACAGGCGACCCUGUCUAUUUGGACCCCAUCGUAUACAAGGAGCCCGAUGCCUGGUGCGAAGCACCAUGUGUGCUGGUCUUCCCACCUAGCCAGCUUCCCUCGCCAACGACCAUCGACCCAGGAGAGUACGUCACUUCGCUUCUCUACGGCACCACAACCGAUACCACCAAGAACGGCGAAACGGUCACCGCGUUCGUGACGCAGACGACGACAAUCACCAUUGACCUGCCCGCAAUCACGACCGACGAGUUAUCGUACUCCAACGUCAACAUCAGCCGGAAUCAAGACACCAGCUCGCUCUGGGUCGGGGUUAGGGUUCCUAUCGCACCCGUCACCGUGAGCCUGGACGACGGUGGGGGCGGCACGACCACACGUGUUCUUACCCUUCCCGCGUGGCCGGCUGUAACCAAAGGCCCACGGCCUGAUGGUGACGAUGACGACGACGACGACGACAAGGACGAUGAGGACUGGGAACUACCGAAUCCAAUUGAGACAACAGGCACACUAGAGCCCUUUGAGCCGACCCCGACGACCUUGCCUAUUUGGCGAACAUAUCCACCUUACAUUGUCGAGCCUGUCAACGAGGAGGAUGACGGUGAUGAUGACAAUGACGACGACGACGACGACGUUGUGAUUAUCACGAGCUGCAACCUAUGGUUCUUCAAUAUAUGUAUUGGAGGCAAAUUCAAGUCGCUUAAAUGGACCCUCCCUCCAGGCAUUUAUCCACCCGGUCCGCCGCCUCCAGAUAUCAUAGGUCCCCCUGCAAGCCCCAAAUUCACUAUCAACCCGCCGCUUCCCCCUUGGCCGGAAAUCACCGUCGGCCAUGACAAAAAGCUCACAUACAGCGACGAGCCGUCCUGUAAGACCGAGUCGGCAGAGCUCUGCUCCACGACGGUCACGAAGUCGGAGACUCUGGUCGGGACAAUCACGUCCACGGUCACUGCAACUGCGUCCGCCUGCGACACAGUCUACGGCUGCUCCUUGACAGACUGGUCCUCGACCACGACGACCACUCCAUCAGUUUGCGCCCAGCCCACGGCGACCGGCGGCGCAUAUGAGCCGCCAGAAAUCGGGUGUCCGGCUCCCGCCAUCGUCUACCCCAAGGAUCCUGAGAACGUGGGCUCGAUCCCUAGCCUGCUUCAGGGGUAUGACGACUACGUUGAGGUCGGACUGACCACGGAAAACUGGGUGGCGUUCUACUGGAUUCCCAUGCUCGGCCAAGAUACCAUGGACGUUCUGAGACGAUCGCCCGACGUCUCGUACGCGUACUACUACGAGGAGAGAAACUAUAACAUUGGAGAGUCCUUCUCCUUGGAGGACGAAUUCCGAGACUGGGACCUUCCCUCCCGCUCGGAGGCUCCAGCCGCCGCGGGCAAGCCGCACGAUGGAAUGUCGUCGGACGACCUGCUAGAGGACUUUGAGCCUGAUCUGGAUACGGAGCCCAGCUCACUGAAUGACACGCUCCGGUUCGAGUCGCGGCACGACAAGAGACAGACACAAUUCCACGUGCCCCGAGACACGCCCUUUUGGGGCCCUUCGCAAGUGUCCUUGCCCAAGGGCAGUAGCUGGGGCUCGCCGGGCAGCUUAAGCUUCGACCCCGAGAAACCCAACGGCGACAAAUACACAUAUAACUACGACGUCGCCAGCGCGCUGGAUACAUAUAUGUAUGCGCUUUUCGACGACGGCAUUUGGACUGAUCACAGUGAGUUCAUGGGCAGGAGCAUAGAGUACCUUGACUCCCAGCACACCUUAGGUCCCAACGCCGCGUAUUCGCCAAGCUAUUCUCAUGGGUCCGGGGUUGCCGCCCAGGUUAUCGGCAACCAGGUUGGCAUUUGUCCGUCGUGCACCUUGGUCGUUGUCACAAGCGAGCAUCCGGGGAGAGACGUAGAAAGCUGGUAUCAGUUUCCCAACGAAAAGAUCAUUUCCCAUCUCAUCGACACACUGGAUGAUGUCAAGAAGAAGAAGAGGCAGGGCAAGGCGACCGUCAGCAUGAGCUUUUCCUACGGCCGCGAGACCAUGACACCCAUGUUUCACAUCGCCUUCCGACAACUACUAGUCAAGCUUGACGAGCAAGGUGUUGUAGUGGUCGCAUCGGCCAACAACCACGCACUGAAAAAAAAAGAGGGCAUCCCCGUGCAAAGAUAUCCUGCCAAAUUCGCCGACCCCAACGACCAGUAUGGCGGCUUUGCCAAUAUGAUUGUGGUGGCAGCGUCAAACUGGAAGACCGAGAAGGCCGACUUCUCCAAUUACUCCCCUUUCGUCGCGACGUUUGCCCCGGGGAGUGACAUCCACUGCCCCGCCGACAAGUUUUUGCACCCCGGCCAAAAAUAUGAUGGCCUGCAGGGGCACUUCCUAUGCAACGUCAAGAAGCUCAUCCAGCUCUUUGCGCGUCGCUUCGCCGUACACGGCCACAACGUCGACCCCGCAGCCCGGCGGCCGAUCAUUUGGAACGGCCAGGUCGGCGAGCACAGCUGUCUGCGCGACUAUGGGUCCAAGGAAGACUGGGCCAAGGUGUGCCCGACCAUCCAGGACAGCCUUGACGACGAGCCAAUGAACCCUGGGGAGCCCGUGGAGCCUUGCAGGUCAGGCCAGAGCGGCAACCCGACAAGGCGACGGCAGGACGGUGGUAGCUGCCCCCUUAUCCCCAAUGACAACGGCCCGGGCAAGAACAUCGACUGGGAAGACGGCCCGUCGGCGCCCGAGUGCGACGGCGACGAUCACUGCGGUGGAGAGCUUUGCAAGGGGUACUACUGCGAUCCGAACCCGAAGAUCAGCCAUCCUCCGGACUACUACGACCCCAAGGACCCACAGAACCCUCAUGGCAUGCCGCCCCAGAAACCGACAUCAACAUCGACGACUACUGUUACAUCACCAACGACUACAUCAUCGCCGCCUGUUAAAACUUUGCCAUUGUGCCUUGGUUCAUCAAAAACACCUACAUCGCAAUAUCCCAUCUAUGCCUAUAGCAUUUAUGCGCCUGGUUUACACUGCGAUGGUUUAUUUGUCAGCGACGCCAAUAUCGGAUCGUCUCCGCCAAUCUGCGACAUCUCUAACGACGAGUUCUCCUUUGACUUCUGCAAAGAAGGCGAUGCUAAAUUUGUGAAUGAAGGCCCUGAAUUUUUUUCCGAAUGCGGAUUUCAACUCUCCCUCAAUGGCAAAAAGUAUACGCCUCGACAGCUAGACCCUAUGGAUGAUGACAACCCGUGCUCAGGCACCUGUCCUGACGUUGUAUCGGUUCAAGGAAUCUUGUUAUUCGAGGGUAUGCCUGCAUGCAACUAG